AUGGAGACACCUUCCCAAUAACCGGCCUUAAAAUGCUGAGGAAGGGAAGUGAUGGGCCCUGGGCUGGAGAGGAAACAUGAAGAAAGGAGGGCGGAGGGCGGGGUGGAGUGGAGAUGCUUUGGGCCAUCAUCGAAAUACUGAGCAACGCAGCUUAGAGGAGGUGUGUCUCAUGGGGGAGCCUGAGACGCCCCGCCCAAGCUGUCUGCUCAUAUUUAAUGUCUUAGCUUCAUCUUUCAGACAUUGACGGCAGCAAGACGCACCCAGCACACGCGGGGAAGAUCUGAAACAAGGCCUGGAGGACUUACCGAGCAGAGCAAUGGGCACUCACUUUCUCCUCCAUGCAUCUGUCUUUCUAGUGGCGGUGACAUUCUUCAUGAAAGAUGCCCUGGCACUGGAGUGCCACAGCUGCGUCGACUUGGGCGAUGGUGGAUGCAAUGCAGAGAAUAUGAAGAAAGUGGAGUGCCCGGCAUCUACCCACGUCUGCGUGGAAACGGUGGCAGCUGUGGAAUGGAGCCAUGGGAAGUUCUCGGUUGGCGAAAAAGGCUGUGGAUUGGGCAUGCCAGGUACCAACGACAAAGCAGUAGAUGUGCACGGCAUUCUGGCCUUCUCUCAGCUGCACCAGUGCAACAGCAGCCACUGCAACACCAAACUGGACAUCAAAAACCUGGAGCUGGAACCCAUUGGUAACGAGAGUGCCAGGGUUGCAAAUGGCGUGGAAUGUUACAGCUGUUACGGCAAUGAGUGUUCACUGGACAACUCUACCACAGUCAAAUGUUAUGACUCUUUCCGGGGCUGUUUCCAUGGAAAUGUCACAAUGAAAGCAGGCAACUUCUCACUGACCAGGCCCCUCAAGGGUUGUGUUCAAGAUGAGGACUGCACCAAGGUCACGAAAGGUAGCCCAGCUAUCACCGUCAUGGGUUCCUGUUGCUCUGGAAGCCUCUGCAAUGUCGACCUCUCCAACAAAACUUACUUUGCUCCCAAGAUCCCACGACUUGCAGUCAUGCCCGGGCAAGGUACCAACGCCACUGUGGCUGCCACCACUGCCACCACCACCACCACCACCACAACUUCCGCACGCACUCGCAACAGUGCGCCAGCCCCUUCCACGGUCGGCAAGCCAAUCCGUUCUGUUGCUGUGAGCCCACCUUCAAGUAGUCGUGACGACCAUGACCAUGACCACGACGACCAUGACCACGACCAUGACCACGAUCAUGAUCAUGACCACAGUGAGAGCCCAGUGAGAGAUGGGAACAGAGACACUGCUGUGAAAGUUGAAGGGCGUCAGAGCCAACAUCCUACAAAGGGGGAUGCUGCAGGCUUGGGGGGGUCAGUCUUCCUGUCCUUGUUGCUGGCUGGGUUGCUCCUUUGAAUGAAAGGAGAAGAGAUGGUGUUCAACCUCCUUCCUUUCCCCCUUGCUGUUUCAGUCUUGCCCAAAUACAUUUGGCCCUUGUCUUUUCAUACAACUUCCCCCACUCGAAUUAGGCUUCUGCCUACACAUGCUUUGAAACCACCAGUUUUGCAGUUCACAUGGUAAAUGCUCUUGCAUAACACACUUUGCUUAUUGGAAGCAUGCCCUUAUUUGCACACUUCUUCUUCAUAUUUUUUUUUAACCUUGCUUUCCUGGCAGAUGCCUUGUAGCACAUGACACAAGGGUAGCUGGAACUUGCAGCCAUUUUACAAGGCAAAGUUCUUCUGUGUUAUGCUUAAUGUGUAUCCUAAGUCAGUUCUGCACUGAGAAAGCAAAGUCGAGUUCCAUUUGUGUGCGAGCCUUUUCGUGGGCUCAUGACAUUGUGUUUGGUGCCAAUACAAUGGCAGCCAUUUUGUA